AGCGAUUCUCUCCGGUCUUCAUCUCCUUCCUCAAAUGCCUUUCUCCUUCCUUCCUUUCGAUUCCAUCUCUCAAUUCUCUGAAAUCCCUCGAUGAAUUUAUUCCCUUUUUCAGUCCCCAUUUCCGAAGAUUAGGGUUCUUAUACCAAUUCCGUUUCUAUUUUGUUUUCACUCAAACAAAUUCGUUUGAUUUCUCUAUGAUUCUCCCCUUCCCUUCUCUCAACGCCAAUUCCAUCCAGAUUUCUAGGGCAUCUUUGAUUUCCCUAUUGAUUUUGGUUCUGGCCCUCGUCGCCUCUUCAGAACCCAUUGCGAGUGUCGAGGAGCUCGAAAUCAACACCACCACCGCCAUGAAGGUCCACCCAUUGCCAAGGAAGCGCAAUAUCGCCGUUCGGAAUAACCCCAAUUCGAGAAACUCCCUCGAAGAUCAAUCCCUUCUGAACCACAAGAAACUCAGGAGAUUACCUCAUGUCUUCAGUCGAGUCCUCGAGCUUCCUUUUCGAUCUGAUGCAGAUGUUUUGGUUGAGGAGAAUCCUGAUUGUUUCCGAUUCAUUGCUGAAACUGACGGUGACAUAAGCGAUGGAGUUAGGGCUCAUGCUGUGGAAAUCCAUCCAGGGGUUAUUAAGAUCGUUGUCCGGGAAACUGCGUCGUUGGAAAUGACAAUGGAUGAGCUCGAAUUGGACAUGUGGAGGUUCCGGCUACCGGAGACGACGCGUCCAGAGCUUGCGAGUGCGGCGUUUGUUGAUGGAGAGCUUAUAGUUACUGUUCCAAAGGGGAAUGAGGAGAAUUCUGAUGAUGGUGGAGGAGAUAUCUGGGGAGAUGAAAUGGAAGGUCGGCUUGUUCUUGUACAGUAAUUUAAUCCUUACCCUUUUUUCGUUUUUGUACUAACUGUUGAAAAUUUCCUUCUUCAACAUUAUUAUAUGUCGUUCCAGAUUUCCUGUUAGCUUCCCUUGUUGAAUCUCUGUUUAUCCCUUGUCUCAAACAUAAACAUAGAACUUAAAAACGUAAUACUCAACUCUUUUGAACUC